CACGAACUGUGUGAUAAGAAGACUUGACCCCUCAGUGACGGCUCAGUCAACUGAAAAUCAAAUGUGUGAAUCCGUCCAAAGCGAUGAAGAAAAUGAAAAGCAAGUGUGGGAUUCGAAAUCUCAUACAAAAAAACAUGAAAUGCCUAUGUUGAUCUCUCUUGCCUAUAUUAAUUAGUUCAAUACAGAAAACAAUACACUACCAUUUUCUUUUACACCCAAUGGCUACCAUAUCCAUUGUUUUCUCCCUUCUUUUUAUAUCCUUUGCAGGCGGAAGAGCUCAACCAAAGCAAUCUAGCCAUAUAAGCCCGGGCUCUUCACUCUCUCCCUCAACUCAAAACUCUUCAUGGCUUUCUCCUUCUAGCCGAUUUGCAUUUGGGUUCUACCAGCUGCAGGGCGCUACUGACUUUGCUGUAGGAAUUUGGUUGGUGGGUAAACACAACACAACAGUGGUGUGGACGGCAAUUCUUGAUGAUUCACUGAUCACCUCGAAUGCAAGGCUUGAUUUUACAAAGAGUGGUAUGCUUUGGUUGAGCACUGAGCGAGGACGACACAAACUCAUUCCUAAUGCAACAGGUUCUGUUUCCUAUGCCGCCAUUCUCGACACUGGCAAUUUUGUGCUCUAUGACAAGGAUUCCAACAAAGUUUGGCAGAGUUUUGAACAUCCUACCGACACCAUUUUAGGAGGUCAGACUCUGUUUGCUGGAGGUCAACUCUUCUCCAGCUCAACCAAGAUUGACCACUCAACCGGAUCGCGGUUUCAUCUCAAGAUGCAGGCUGAAGGAAACCUUGUUUUAUCCCCAACAAACACUGGAGACACCAAGGGAGAUAUUUACUGGAGCUCAGAGACUUGGGCUUAUUUUUACCAGUUUCAUCUUUAUCUCAAUAAUACAGGAAGUCUGCUUAUCAUCAACGGCACUAAUUCAUACACACGUAAAAUCUUGAAUGAAAAUAGCGCAUCUUCGGCCCCCAACAAUAAUACAAUAUAUCGUUCUACUCUUGAUUCUGAUGGAAUUUUCCGUCUCUAUUCUCAUGCCUAUGAUGAAAGUGGCGACUUCAAUGUAUCAACUUUAUGGGAAGCGUUGAAAGAUCCAUGUGUUGUGAAAAGUUUCUGUGGUCUCAAUAGCUAUUGCACAUUCAAUGACGACCUACCAUACUGUCAUUGUCUUCCUGGGACUGAUUUCGUAGAUCCGAAUGACAGUUCUCUUGGCUGUGAGAGAAACUUUUCGGAAGCAGUAGUAUGUACAGGUGGAAAAGAAAAUGAAGCCUCAUAUAGCAUCAAAAGGAUGGAUAAUAUGAACUGGGGCGAUCGUCCUUAUUCCAAGGAACCAAUGUCGACAAAGGAAGAAUGCAGCAGGUCUUGUUUGGAAGACUGCUAUUGUGGGGCGGCACUGUUCGAUAGUGUGUCUUGCAGCAAACAAAGUCUCCCGCUGAGAUAUGUAAGAAGAAGUACAGAAGUGGAGACCACGGCAAUCUUUAAGAUUGGUAUGACAAGCCUAAUUAAGAGUAACGAGGUACGCAGUGAAACAACAAUAGUGCAAAUUCUUCUUGUGACUUUUGGGUUUACUGCAUUGUCAUGUGUUGCCCUCGCAAUCUCCGGCCUUUCCGUUUUCAAAGGUCGAAUUUUAAGGUACCGAAGGCUGUUAGAAAAUGGAAACCUGGGCCUGAAUGAGGAGGUCUUAUUGAGAUUGUUUUCAUAUAAUGAGCUCAAAAGAGCAACAAAUGGCUUCAAAGAAGAGUUAGGAAAGGGAUCGUUCGGAGCAGUUUACAAAGGGGCACUAUACAAAGGUAGAAGACUUGUUGCAGUAAAGAGACUAGAAAAACUAGUAGAAGAAGGUGAAAGGGAGUUCCAGGCAGAGAUGCGAGCAAUUGGGAGAACCCACCACAGAAACCUAGUUCAUUUGCUGGGUUACUGCGCCGAGGGCGCUAAAAGGCUUCUGGUUUACGAGUACAUGAGCAAUGGCUCCCUUGCGGAUCUUCUUUUUAGAGCCGAGAGACGUCCAAAUUGGGAUGAGAGAGUCAGAAUCGCAAGGGAUGUUGCUAGAGGGAUCCUCUACCUACAUGAAGAGUGCGAGGCCCCAAUUAUUCAUUGUGAUAUAAAGCCUCAAAACAUUCUUAUGGAUGAUUUUUGGACCGCCAAAAUCUCUGACUUUGGGCUCGCAAAAUUCUUAAUGCCAGAUCAAACUAGGACCUUCACAGGAAUCAGAGGGACAAGAGGGUAUUUAGCACCUGAAUGGUAUAAGAACACUCCAAUUUCAGUGAAAGCGGAUGUUUACAGUUAUGGAAUGGUGCUCUUGGAAAUUUUAUGUUGCAGAAGGAACAUGGAUCUUGACGUAUCAAACGACGAUGAAAUUAUUCUUUCUACUUGGAUCUAUAAAUGCUUCGUUGCGAGAGAGUUGCAUAAGAUUGUGCGCGGGGAAGAAGUAGAUAAGACGACCUUGGAGAAUAUGGUUAAGGUUGGACUAUGGUGUAUUCAAGAUGAACCAGCUCUUCGUCCUUCCAUGAAAAGUGUCCUCUUGAUGUUAGAAGGGAUAACUGAGGUAUCUUUUCCUCCAUGUCCAGCUCCUACGUCCAUGUAAACUUUCCCCUGCAAUAAAAAAUUGUAUCUGAUUUCUUGUAGUUUUUAUUUGCUUCAUGUAUUUUCCUGCACUCAUCACGGAGGGGUAUACACAGAGCAAGCUAGGGUAAGCUUUCGUGUUAAACAUGCAUGUAUUUUUCUUUCAUCAAUAAAAUUAGAGUAAUUUAAUGAGUCACUCUUGCA